AUGGCAGCCAUGCCACUUGUGGCCAACGGAAGCUUCGUCGCAAUCCUGGAAGCCAGCCCUGCUGCCACUGUGCUUCCCAUGCAGGCGUGGUGGGAGAAAAGCCGCGCCGAUUGGAUUGCAGGGAACAGUUGCUGUGAGAAGUCAGUCACCCGGAGUGUUCGACUGGAUGUUUCGAUCCCUCGAGCCAACCGCAGAGAGGUCCUUGGAGAAGAGGACCAGUAUGCGCUGGUGAUGACGACUUUUGAUGGAGCAGUCGGCAACGAAAGCCUGGGUUCCGGGCUGAAGGUGCGAUUGAACAGAGGACGGCCUUUGUCCUCAGCCGUGCCCGCAGUGGACAUCUCGCUGGUCAACCUUCGCACUUUCAGUGCAAAGGACGUGAAGGUCGCGGAUGGCACAACGCCCAUCUACGUGCGGCUGUCUGACGAAACGCCAGACCCCAAGUGGCUCUGUGCGUAUUUGGACGGUGAGACUUGGUCCACGGAGGGGGUCCGCUUGGCGACGGUUGCAGAGCUGGCAGAAGCCUUGCCGGACGGAACGAACACUUCGGGCCUCUGGUGCGCCACACUCCACUUGACGAUCUUCACAGCCUUUGUGGACCUGCUGCUGGACUGCACGAUCCCCUGGCAGCAAUCCAACAGCCAGUUUCGUUUGAACGCCAACAUGCUGGCGCCGGAGGGUCUGCAGGAGAUCUUCGAGCGGCAGGGCUGGUGGAGUCGCCCGCCGGCCAUGGCCUUGUGGGCGCUCCUGGGCGCCUCUCUGGCGUUGGUUCUCUUCGGGAAGUUCCUGGACACGAAAUUUCAGAGAGCGGGCCUUUGGCGGGACGACUACUUCCUGACGGAACUGCCUCCGAUGAAGUCCUGCUAUCGUGGCUUUCCUUGCAUGCCGGCCUGGCCGGCCUGCGGUCGAAAGCAUCCUUCAAGUGAGGCAGAGAAGUACAGCGUGUUGCCACGUCUUGGCUGGAGCUGGUCGUGGAACAUGCCAGAGCCGAACCGCUUGCCUCACAUGCAAUCUGGGCUCCACAUGGCCCAUCUUCGCAACUUCCAGAAGAAGCUGCGGCCUGCACUUGGGGAGCAAUUUCGGCAUCGGGUUCUGUGUCAAAACACGCUCUUGGAGGUUGCCCGCCGGAAACAAUUGUGCGCCAGCUCCAUAACUUCACAUAUCUGGGGCAGGAGCGGCUGGGUGCAGGGAAGUCUCGCAGUGCAGAAGUCUUCUCAGCUGAAAAAACUGGCCGUGGACUUCGAAGAGUGCCUGCCGAAUGCUUUCGUUCGCAUGCACGAAUCUCGCUUGCGCCGGCUGUGGACGGUGCUAGUUGCCACGCACCCCGUGGUUGAGCUUGGCAUGUGCGAUCUGCAUAUCACCUGCACCAAGCGAGCGAAAAUCAUCGUGGACUGCGUCGUUGGGUCCUUGGCCUUCGUCGCUUUGUUCUUUUCCGUGGAUGGCACUGCUGUGGCGGCACGGAGUCCUGCCGACUGCCCCUUUCAGCAGGGGACGCCUUUGUGGUACAUCUUCGUCUCUUUACUGUCGGUCACUUUCAAUUUCAUUCCCAGAAGCCUCGAAUCCUAUUUGGCUUAUCGCAGCUUCGUGCAAGAGAGCCAUCGCCAUCGACAGCUCCAGAUGUGGAUGAGACGCUGCAAGGACGUCGGCUUUUGGUUGUUCAGUUUCUGCCUUUCGCUCUUGUACUUAUUGAUCAUCUGCGCAUUUCUGGCAAAUUUGUCGGAGGCAGAUGAGUGGAAGUGGAUGUUCAGCUUUUCUGUGGUUCUUCUGCGGAAGCUGCUGAUCGUGCCGUUGCUGGCGUCCCUCUUCUCAGGACUUGGGACAGAGCUGAGCAUUUGGACGGAAGGUGGUGUGAAGCCGCCCAAGAAAUUCGGCCUGGAUCUUCAACUGGCUCAACAGGAAGUUGCCGCUUCGGAUCCCCUCGAUAGGCCAGUCUGGAAUGGGAAAGUGCAGGAGCUGGCAGGGCGCGGGGUAAACAUCCGACAGCUGCUCGACUUCUACGCGGGUCUGGGGCACGAGUUCAUGGAGCAUUUUGAUGCGGAUCAGUCGACAACGCACGACGUCGUUCGGCAGGCCAUAAUCCCCAGAUCACUGGAGGUCAGACAGAGCCGUUGCUUUACCGUCGUCGUCCAUCGCGCCAAUGGGCUAGUAGGUGGAGACCUCGUGAGCGCUCCGGACCCUUACUGCGAGGUCUCUGUGAAGGGGAAGGGAGGAUUUCUGAAGCCUUGGAAAGGUGGAGGGACGGCCCACCUGAAGAACAGCACCGAGCCAGUGUGGGAGGAGUCGUUCCUUGCAGAGGAGGUCUUUCGUGACGAGGAUCUUUGCUUUGGCUUGGACCCCUUAGGGCACGCGAGCCUUCCCGGCAAGGACUAUUGGAGCGAGGGCUUUUCUGGAGUCCUCCAGCUUCCCCGGGGUUCGCUCCAGAUCUCGGUAUUCGUCCACGGUGCGGAAGAAAUUCUCGAAGAGCAGCUGGAAGUAGCGGAGGCCUGCGCAUCCUCGCCUUUAUCUCCGUCGCAGAGCGCAGAGCGGAGUGCAAGCGAAGGUACCACCGACUCGACCGACUCGCCGAGUGUGGAGCCAAUGCCAACUCCUGCCAGCAAGGUUCCGAACAGCUUGGUCUUGCGGGCUUCGCGGGGGAUCCUGUCGGGCGAGGAAGGGCCUGCUAGGCCUGCUAGGGGCUUCUCCUAUGCAGAAACCGUGAGCAAUGGCACGCCACGCUUAGCGCACAAGAUGGUAACCCACAGUUGGCGCAACAAGUUUGUGAAUCUGCUCGCAGCGGUCUUGGCGGACGCGCUGGAGAUGGAGACGUACGAUCACAUGGUCCAGCUUCUCAAAGAACGGCAGUUUGGAAAGCUCGUCGAUGCGCUGCGCAGAAAGGGUAAGCUGGAGGUCCCGUACUGGAUCUGUGCAUUCUCUGUGAACCAGCAUGCAGGCAUCUGUGCGACGCCCCCACACACGGACUCCACCGGUCAUGCCAUCACCCCGUGCAGUUGUGCCACUGCCAAGCACUUCGAUGGGGACCUAAGCGAGAUGAACAAGUUCGACGACAUGAUGGCCUACCUCAGAAGAGCGUUACGAACCCAAACCGAGGUACGGCUCGAGCAAGUCAUCGCCAUGGAAGUAGACUUCUCCCUGCUUUCUCGCGUGUGGUGCGUCGCCGAACUGGUGGAGGCCAACGAGCUCCACCUGCGACAGGCGGUGAAGAUGCACUCGGCGGCCUCUCGAGAUCGAUGUCUGGAGACGCUCCUCCGCAUCGACGUACGGGCCGCGGAAGCCUCCUUCCCCGCCGACAAGGAGCUGGUCUUGAGCAAGAUCAGCGAUGCGGAGGGCUUCAACCAGCAGCUGCAAGACUUGAUGCUGCACCGCUUGGAAGGUUUCUUGCAGACGAACAGAGCACGAACAGCAGCGGCUUUGUGUGAUGAAGUGGUUCUGGCUGCAGUGAACGUCGUUAUCUAG